UAUUACAAAUAAGAAAGAAUGAAGCUUUUAAAAAUAAUCACUUUUCGUCGUAAUAAAAAUAACUAAUACUUACAUUUUGGAAAGGCAACUGAAGAAAAAUCUAGUGAAAGAUGGCAUCCACAAUAAUCAAAAUACGUAAAUCCAUUUAAGAUGUUUCUAGUAGACUUGACAUCCACAUUUGUCCAAAGUAAAAAGAUUGUAUGUGUUGGACGAAAUUAUGAGAUGCAUGUGAAAGAACUAGGGAACGAUGUACCAAGUGUACCUGUUUUCUUUUUGAAACCCACCACAGCUUAUAUAACAAGGGAUGAAAAGAUAAUUACGCCUCCUGGGUGUGUAGAUCUUCAACAUGAGGUUGAACUAGGACUUAUAAUCAGCAAAACAGGGAAGAACAUUGCCGAAGAUAAAGCUAUGGAUUGGAUUCAGGGUUACACAUUGGCUUUAGAUAUGACCGCCAGAGAUGAGCAGAGGAAAGCAAAAAAUGCAGGAGUUCCGUGGACCUUAGCUAAAAUGUUUGAUACGAGCUGUCCAGUUGGCGAAUUCAUUAGCAAAGAUAAAAUAUCAGAUCCUCAUGCCCUUGAUAUUUGGUUAUCCGUGAACGGAGUUAAAAGACAAAGAUCAAAUACCAAAUAUUUCAUUUUCAGGAUUCCUCAGAUUCUUUCCUACGUUUCUCAAUUCAUUACUCUUGAACCAGGUGAUUUGGUUCUGACCGGAACCCCUGAAGGAGUAGGGAGGGUUGUGUCAGGAGAUAUUAUUCAGGCUGGCCUGGUCCAGAUGGGAGAAGAGAUUACAAAAAUAGAAUUUCACGUCAAAUAAUAAUAUUUGGGAUUAUUGUCAGUAUAUAUUUGUUAAUUAAUAAUAGGAAUAGUUUAUUUUUAGUUGUUUUGUUGUCUAAAUCUUUUAAUGUGAAUAAAUUUAGAAUAAAUCGG